CCAACCUCCUCGAAUCCGAACCCUCAGAGAUUGAAAUCGCAAUUUUCAACUUUAAAGAAAUGCCCGCGCACCUCCACUGACAUUGGGCGAUUUCAAUUCCAUAUUUGCUCUCCCACAGCUCUCGUUGAUCAUUGAUUGACGUCAAGAGGUCCGUGAUAAAUCGGACGAGGCCCCUCAGCGCAAGCUCUUCCCUGCUCAAUUUGGCCCGAGCUUGAAUCGCGAUUGCUUCGGCUCCACCAAGCCGAAAACCAUCCCGACCUCAGCACACUCCGCCGUCGUCUCCAGCACCAAAAGAAAAUACCCAAAAAUACGUCGUACAAUUCCGUAAUCAUGCGCAGUUACACGUUCAAGUGGCCGCACCACGCCGAAGAGGUUUAUGUGACAGGCACCUUCGACAAUUGGACCAAGAGCGAGCGUCUUGAUCGAGUCGGACAGAUCUUUCAGAAAACCGUGACACUGCCAGAACCUGAAUCUGACGCCAAAAUAUUUUACAAGUUUGUUGUCGACGGUAGCUGGACCACCGACCACACUGCGCCCCAAGAAAAGGACCACGAAGGGAACGAUAACAACGUCUUGUUGCCCGAACAAAUGGAUAAGCUAGAAGAAGCUUCCCAGGCCGCGGCCAUCAAUAACCUCGUUCCCGAGUCUACCACGGCCCAAUUAGCCGGUGCGGUGCCCCUAGAAGCCAAGGAGGAAACGCGGGAGGAGAAAACGGAGGAGGCCGGUUCGGACGCUGCCGUCCUCAGCUCCGCGGCCCCCGAUUCCACCACAGCUCAAUUGGCUGCUGCGGUACCACUCGAGAAAACCGACGAUGAUGUCACCCCUCCGGGUGGUUACCCUGAGACGCCCGCAGCCGAACUCAAUGAGGAAGUGAAGGUCGACCCCCUCCCCGCUGCCGAGGGUGCCGUCAAUCCCAUCAAGCUCGAGGCUGGCGAGAAGGUCCCCAGGGACGUCACCGCUAGCGGAGUCGACAGCCAUGUGACGCUUGACAAGGAGUCAUACGAGAAGAGCGAUCGCAUUCCUGGUAUUGAAACAACACUCCCGCCCGUUAGCGGCAACAUGAUUCCAGAGUCGAGUCUGCCCAUUACCAGCGGUAACGACGCCACCAUUAACACGGUUGCUCCUGAAUCAACCACCGCCGCGUUGGCUGGACAGGUUCCCCUAGAGCCCAAGGUGCCCGAAAUCGUGAAGCAAAGCCAACAGGAGGCCAACGUGGAGCCCGAGGCAAGCGCCAACAGCGAGGAAGUGACGGAGAAGGCCGCCGUGGAGGAAGAACUCUUGGACAACGUGGGCGAAGCUCCCUCAACCUCGGAGGGCACUGCCGGAAAGGGCACCGAGAAGUCCGAGACCGACAAGUCGCCGGUCAAGAACGUGAUUGCCGCUGCUACCUCAGCUGGCGAAGUGGCACUCGGAGCUGUCAUCACUGCUGCUGGGGUGGCACUACCCGCGGCGGCCGGUGCUGCAACCAAUGCUGGUGGAGUUGCUUCUGAUUAUGCGCAUAAAGCGGGCGACGCUGCUGCGGAUAUCGCUUCCAAGGCCACAGCCGCUGCCUCUGGCGCAACAACGACCGUACCCGCCGCCGUCAAAGGAGCCCUACCCGGGACAUCCCAGGCCGAGGCCGAGGAAAAGCAAAAGGCCGCUAUCGAAAGUGUCUCCUCGGAAGUUCCGGCUGAGGUCAAGGAAUCCCUGAAGGCGGCGGGCGAGAGCCCCGAGGCCGCCGUUAACGCCUCUGCCGUCGAGGAGAAGAAGGCUUACGAGGCCGAGAUUCUUGAGAAGGUGAAGCCGACCGAGGCUGAGGAAACGCAAAAGGCUGCUAUUGAUAAUGUCUCCCCGGAAGUCCCGGCCGAGGUCAAGGAAUCUCUGAAGGAGGCAGGCGAGAGCCCCGAGGCUGCUGUCAAUGCCUCUGCCGUUGAGGAGAAGAAGGAGUACGAGGCCGAGAUUCUCGAGAACGUGAAGCCGACCGAGGCAGUCGGCGAGCCGUCUACCGAGACCACCGAAGCGGCAACGGCUCUAGCGGUUGAGCCGCCCCAGCCCGCCGUAGCGGUCAAGGCUGUCGAUGAGGCCAAGCCUGCGGAGACGCCAAAGCCUGCUGAGGAGGUUCAGCCUACCGAGAACCUUAAGCUCACCGAUGAUAUCGCGCCCGCGGUGACUGCCUUGAGUGUUGAGCCGCCGAAACCGGUCGAGACCGUCAAGGCUGUUGACGUGGCCCCGGCCGCGGCUGCUGCUGCACCUGCGGAGACCGUGGCUUCUGAGCCGGCCAAGGCUGUUGAUGAGCCCAAGCCUGCAGUUGAGCAUCCCGCGUCGACUGAGCAGGCUGCACCGACCGAGGCGGCCAAGAAGGCGGACGAAGCACACCCCGCAGCUAACGGCACCAACGGCACCACCGCUGGCCCUGCCCCUGCGUCUGACACCGCCGCGGCCUCCACGAACAAGGCCACAUCCGAAAAGAAGAAGCACAGAAUCAGCGGGUUCUUCACCAAGCUGAAGCAGAAGUUUGCUUAAGCUGGCGAUGUACUCCUCUUUAACCUACUUCGCCAUCCCCACGUCUUUUUGCCGACCAGCCGUCUUGUAUCAUACCUACUGCUCAAGCCGGUUUCCUCCCCGUUUUGCGGCAUGGUUAAACUCACGAAUGGAGUCGGAAGAGGGAGGGUGAUGUUUCUUUAUCGUUGUUGUGUCAUGACUGGGAGGGCGUCGUCCAUAAUUUGAUUGUCUCGCCUCGGCUUGGUCAUAUGAAUGAGAUGGGAACUUGGUUGUGUGGGGGGUGCGAGUGGUUGCGAUAUC